CCAACACCCCCCCCCGUUCGACCACCAACAAAAUACAGAAUGAAGUACUCGGCUGACGUCUCCUCCUCCCGCCGCCAGUGCCGCAAGGCCCACUUCUCCGCUCCCUCCUCCGUCCGCCGCACCCUCAUGUCUGCUCCCCUCUCCAAGGAGCUCCGUGAGAAGUACGGUGUCCGCUCCAUGCCCAUCCGCAAGGACGACGAGGUCCUCGUUGUCCGUGGUUCCCAGAAGGGCAAGGAGGGCAAGGUCACCUCCGUCUACCGCCGCAAGUGGGUCAUUCAGGUCGAGCGUAUCGUCCGUGAGAAGGUCAACGGUGCUUCUGCCCCGGUUGGUCUUGACGCCUCCAAGGUUGUCAUUACUUCUUUGAAGUUGGACAAGGACCGUCUCGCUAUCCUUCAGCGCAAGGGUGGCAAGGCUCAGGAGUCUGCUUAA